GACAUGUUGGACAAAGAAAAUUCUAUGGAUUGUAUGAGCGCGAAGAAUUUGUUCCUUACAUCGCUCAUCUCAGGUGCCUUCGCAGGAACCAUUUGUGACGUGACAUUUUAUCCUUUGGAUACACUUAAAACACGUUUACAAAGUCAACAUGGUUUUGUUAAAUCUGGUGGGUUUAAACGACUGUAUCAAGGGUUAGGUCCUGUGAUGAUAGGAUCCGCCCCGUCGGCUGCGAUAUUUUUUGUGACUUACGAAGGGAUAAAGAAAGUAUUUCAACCACAGAUACCUCCACAGUAUUACUCACUUAUACAUAUGACUGCCGCGGCAACGGGAGAAACGGUCGCGUGCCUUAUUCGAGUUCCAGUAGAAGUAGUAAAACAAAGGAAACAAGCGCUUUUAUGUGACGAACACAGAUUACCAUUAAAAACUUUGUAUCGUGGUUACGGAAGUACCGUUCUUCGUGAUUUACCAUUUGGUUUAGUUCAAAUGCCACUCUGGGAAUAUUUUAAACUUUGUUGGAAAAGACACGUAGACCGUGAAUGCACGCCCGUAGAAAGUGCUAUCUGCGGAUCGGUAUCAGUUGCCAUAUCUGCAGCUAUGACAACGCCUUUAGACGUUGCGAAAACUAGAAUAAUGUUGUCGAAUACAUCAGCGGAUAAAGAGGAAGUAAAGGUCUCGAUAAUGUUAAGGGAAGUUUACCGCGAAUGUGGUGCCAAAGGGCUGUUUGCAGGUUUUCUUCCAAGAGUGGGUGGCUUUACUAUUAGCGGAUUUGUUUUUUUCGGUGUUUAUGAGAAAAUUAGAGAAAUUUGUAUGGCCGUUUUGCCAUCAUAAUGUCACAAAUAAAUAUGCCAUAUGGUCUGUUUAGUAACAGAUACACUUCUUGUCAGAUGCACAAUAUACAGCCAAGCACAAUGCAAUGAAGUAAUUAUUAGUGCAGAUUAUUCUAACAAAAUCUCUGUGGGGGAUCACGAUUCAUAUCUUAAUCAAUUUUCUUAUGCUAAACAAAGGCACUGAGCAAAGUAUAUACAGCAAAUUUAAAAAUA